CUAUCCUGAAUAAUCCCGAAUGGGAUGACGGUUCACUAGGUCCGCUUUUCGUACGUUUAGCCUGGCAUUCCUCGGGAACUUAUGACAAGCACACCAAAACCGGAGGUUCGGAUGGUGCCACCAUGAGGUACACUAUCGAGGCGAAUGACCCUGCAAACGCUGGUCUGGAACAUGCAAGAAAAUUUUUGGAACCUAUUAAGGAGAAACAUAACUGGAUCUCCUAUGGUGACCUCUGGACUUUGGCCGGCGUAGUCUCCAUUGAGGCCAUGGGCGGUCCAAUGAUACCAUGGAAGCCUGGUCGCAAGGAUGCAACCGAUGAUCUCAACGUUCCUCCGAACGGUCGUCUCCCCGAUGCUGCUCAAGGACAACAACAUAUUCGUGAGAUAUUUUAUCGCAUGGGAUUUAAUGACCGUGAAAUUGUGGCUUUAAUUGGAGCUCAUUGUCUCGGUCGUUGUCAUGGGGACCGUUCGGGUUAUGAGGGUCCGUGGACUCACACACCAACUCAGUUCAACAAUCGUUU